GUAGCAUAUAAAUUAUUUAUGGAAGUUGGUCUCUUUGAAACAUUCCGCAUCCCCCUGCCUGAGUUUGUGAAUUAUUUUCAUGCAUUGGAACUAGGAUAUAGAGAAAAACCAUAUCACAACCGAGUGCAUGCCACCGAUGUGUUACAUGGUGUGUACUACAUGACGACUCAGCCCAUUCCAGGCUUCACGCAGAUCAACACAGCAGACAUCAUGUCUCGGCACGGGUCGUCGAGUGAAUCAGAAUCUGAUUGUUGUGAUCGGACGAGCAUACAGCACCGUCAGAGUUUCGCGGCUGAUGACAGCUAUGGAAUUAUGGGAGGAAACUUCCCAGCCCUCGAGCUGAUGGCGAUGUACACCGCGGCUGCAAUGCAUGACUUCGAUCACCCAGGCAGAACGAACGCAUUCCUGGUGGCCACAAACUCAAAAGAG